UUGGCACACCAUAGCAAAAUAAAAUGGAAUUAGCUCCUUUAUGGGAUAUUUUUUGCUUAUUGUUAUCCCUAGCUUUAUUGAUCACUUUUGUCCCAAAAGUCCUCUUUUCAAAAACCCAUUUCCAAAAACUUAUUCCGGGUCCCAAACCAUGGCCUAUCAUUGGAAACCUAAACCUCAUUGGUGCCCUCCCUCACCAAUCCCUUCACAAACUGUCGCAAAAAUAUGGCCCCCUUAUGCAACUCAAGUUUGGCUCUUUUCCUGUUGUGGUUGCUUCUUCUGCAGAUAUGGCGAAACUGUUUCUCAAAACAUAUGACCAUAUCUUCGCCUCUAGACCGCAACUCGCGGCCGGGAAGUACACCACUUAUAACUAUUCCAACAUCACUUGGGCUCCUUAUGGACCCUAUUGGCGCCAAGGGCGUAAGAUUUACCUCGCCGAGCUUUUCAGCUCGAAAAGACUCGAGUCCUACGAGUACAUUCGUGUCGAAGAAAUGCGAGCUUUUAUGUCGAGGCUCUUUUCUUUGUCAGGGAAGCCUGUCGUGCUAAAAGAGCAUCUUUCUCGUGUCACUCUAAGUGUUAUAAGUAGAAUAGUGUUGGGAAAGAAGUACUUUAGCGAGUCGAAAAGCGAGAGGUCGAUAGUGACACUAGAAGAGUUUCAAGAGAUGUUGGACGAGCUGUUCUUGCUUAAUGGGGUGUUCAAUAUAGGGGACUGGAUUCCGUGGCUCAGAUUCUUGGACUUGCAGGGUUAUGAGAGAAGAAUGAAGGCUUUGAAGAAGAGAUUUGAUCGGUUUCAUGAUCAUGUGCUUGACGAGCACAAGGCUAAGAGGAAGGCAGUGAAGGAUUUUGUGGCGAAAGACAUGGUGGAUUUGCUCUUAGAGUUGGGUGAUAAUCCAGACCUUGAAGUUAAACUUACUUGUGACAGUGUCAAGGGGUUCCUUCAGGACUUAAUAGCCGGAGGAACGGACACAUCUGCAACGACGGUUGAAUGGGCGAUGUCGGAGCUCCUAAAACAACCAAAGCUAAUCGACAAGGCCACCGAAGAGCUCGACAGAGUGAUCGGAAAAAACCGAUGGGUUUCAGAGAAAGACAUCCCACAACUUCCUUACAUAAACGCCAUCAUGAAAGAGACGAUGAGAAAACACCCAGUCGCAGUGUUACUCGCGCCCCACCUGGCUCUCGAGGACUGCCAAGUCAGCGGAUACGACAUCCGCAAAGGGACACUUGUCUUCAUAAACACGUGGAGCAUCGGAAGCGACCAGUCGGUGUGGGACGCACCGAAGGAGUUCCGACCGGAGAGGUUCUUGGGGAAAGCGGGCAAGGACAUCGAUGUCAAAGGACAAUGUUUUAAGUUGUUGCCAUUCGGGUCGGGUCGGAGGAUGUGCCCGGGUUAUAGUCUUGGACUGAAGAUGAUAAGCGCAAGCUUGGCCAACUUGUUGCAUGGAUUCAACUGGAAGUUAGGUGGGACUAAUCAGACACCUGAGGAUUUGGACAUGGAGGAGCUCUACGGGUUGGCGACGAUUCGAAAGUUCCCGCUUGUUGCGGUAAUGGAGCCCCGACUUCCGGUCCAUCUUUAUCAUCAGUUCUAAGUUUUGCUCACUUUGAAUGAUCUGUUUUUAUUUUAUUAUAUAUGAUCUUUAAUUUCCAUGUAGUAUUGUGAUCAUGAUUAAU